UCAGUUCAAGUUAGUGAUCCACAACUACUAGACUUGCUUUUCUGUGUAAAUCUCAUCUCACUCUCAAUACUCUCUCUCUCUCUAAAUAUUAUAUAUAUUAUUUAAUAUUCUAACAAUUUAAAUGUACUAACAAUUAUCAUCUUAGACACAAUGAUGAUUCUGAGUGAAAAAGAUCUACAGUUAUUAUCAUCCAUGUCAAAUACGAAUAUCACUUCGGAAGCUGAUUCAAGUUUUAAAGACAGUGAAUUAAAAAUUGAAUUUGAUGGAACCACAGUUCUAUGUCGUGUGUGUGGUGAUCGAGCCUCAGGGUUUCAUUAUGGUGUUCAUUCAUGUGAGGGUUGUAAGGGUUUCUUUCGUCGUUCAAUUCAACAGAAAAUUCAAUAUCGACCCUGUACUAAAAAUCAACAAUGUUCAAUCCUCAGAAUAAAUCGGAAUAGAUGUCAAUAUUGUCGUUUAAAAAAGUGUAUCGCUGUUGGAAUGUCUCGUGACGCUGUUAGAUUUGGACGUGUACCAAAACGUGAAAAGGCUAAAAUACUCGCAGCCAUGCAAAAGGUAAACGCUAAUUGUCAAGAGAAACAAUUAACUGAACAAUUGGAAGAUGAAAGUCGAUUGUUAUUAAAUAUUUUACAAGCUCACGAGGAAACCUGUGAUUAUACCAAGGAAAAGGUUAUCCCGUUAAUUGAGAAAGCUCGAGCUAAUCCAGUUUACGCUCGAUGUCCAUCAACAAUGGCCUGUCCAUUGAAUCCACUUCCACCCUCAAUUGAAAAUGGUGGUGGUGUUGGUCCACCUGAUGGUGUUAUGGAAGAUUUUAGUGAAAGAUUUUCACCCGCCAUCAGAGGUGUCGUUGAAUUUGCUAAACGAAUCCCCGGUUUUGCAAUGUUAUCCCAAGACGAUCAGAUAACUUUACUCAAAGCGGGUGUUUUCGAGGUGCUUUUAGUACGUUUGGCUUGUAUGUUUGAUAAAUCGACCAAUUCAAUGAUCUGUUUAAACGGAAUGGUUCUUAAACGUGAUUCCCUUCAUUCACAAUCAAGUGCUAGAUUUUUACUUGAUUCAAUGUUUGGUUUCUCUGAGAUGCUCAAUGCACUUGGAUUAACCGAUCAUGAGAUUGCCCUUUUCUGUGCGGUUGUUGUCAUCUCACCCGAUCGACCUGGUCUUCGUAAUACUGAUCUAGUUCAAAAGAUUCACCGUAAAUUGGAUGAUCUCCUUCAGAAAGCAAUCAUUUCAAACCAUUCCGAUAAUCCUGGUCUAUUCAGUGAACUUAAGAAAAAAAUUCCCGACCUUCGAACUCUAAAUACACUUCAUUCAGAGAAACUUUUAGCAUUCAAAAUGGGUCCUAAAAAUGGUCAACAAUCACAACAAUCACAACAACAACAUCAACAACAAUCAAAUGGUUAUCAUAAUUUAUCAGCAUCCUCAUCACCUGUAUCACCAAUUUCAUCAUCAUCACUUUCAUCAUUAAAUCAUCACAAUGGUAACAGCAAUAGUAGCUCAGACGGAGACAGAAAUUGUAACUCACCUGGAAAUAUGAAUACAACAUCUACCUGUUCAUAUGCCUCAUUAUUACCCGUUCAAUGGCAAAAUUUCACGAUUCGGGACAAUAACGAUGGACCUACUUCAUCAUCUUCAUCUUCAUCCUCAUCUUCAUCUAAUUCAUCAUUAUUAUCGCGAACGACCAAUAACACCAAUAAUUCAAAUAACAUUAACACCAAUAGCUCAUCUUAUGGUUUAAAUGAAGAUGAAAGUUUAUCAUCAUCAUCACCAGGAUCAUAUGAUAGGAACAGUGUAACCUCAUCAGAUCACAUUUUAAUUACCAAAUCAACUAAAAGUGCCAACGGAUUAAAUAAUAACUCUAAUAAUAAUAACAAUAGUACUAAUCAUUAUACAAACUCUAAUUAUCAUCAUCACCAUCAUCAUCAUUUAAAUGGUCACAAUCAACAAAAUAACACCUCAAAUAGCAGUUCAUCAUUAGCAAAUCAUUUUAUUCUUGGUCAACGAUUACUUCAACAAUCAACUAAUUCAACAAUAGAUACCAGUUCAAAUAUAAACAAUAAGAUGAGAGAUAAUAACAAAUCUGGUUGCCCUCGAGAUAAUUUAAUCAAUUCAUUUAAUCAUCAUCGUUAUCAAGAAAAUAAUAACCAUCAUCAUAAUAACCAUUAUGAUAAUUAUUUCAAUGAUAAUAACAAUUUAAAGAAAUGCCCAGUUACCAAUAAUUCAAAUGAUGUAUUUACAAAGAUGCGUCGAGUUGAUUCACCAACCGAUUCGGGAAUCGAAAGCGGUAAAGAGCAAUGUAAUGGUAGCACACCGACAGCCUCAGUCUGUUCUAGUCCUCGAUCUGCCUGCGAUGAUAAAGUGAAAGAUAUUGUCUCCGAUUCUGAGUGUUCAACACUCUCAGAGAAAAAUAUAACCACCAAUGAAUCAAUUGAUGAUAUGCCAAUGUUAAAACGAGCACUUCAAGCGCCUCCAUUGAUUAAUACCAAUAUGCUGAUGGAUGAAGCGUAUCGACAUCAUAAAAAGUUUCGAGCAACGAAAACCUCUCGAGACUGUGAACCAGCAAGUUCGAGCACAUCAAUUGUCCACAGUAAUAGUAAUAAUAAUACUAAUCAUUGUCUAGCAUCACCAACAUCAACCUCAUCAUCUUCACUAUCUUCAUCAGCAACAUCUUCUUGUCUAUCAUCACCUUCAAGUAACAAUAAUGAUUGUGAUUCAUUGGCAUCAACACAUUCAACUUUGGUUAAAGUAUUGGAAUCGGCACCAAGAUAUAUUGGCGAUUUACCUUCUCAUCAUAGUCAUCUUUCCUCUCGUCAUCUUAGUACCUCUUCAUCUUCAUCUUCAUUAUCCUCAUCCUCAUCCUCAUCAUCACCUCCUCACAAUAAUAAUAAUUAUACUUCACUUUCACCCGCCCCAAUGAAAAGAUGUGAUCUCUUACACAGUAUGAUUAUCAAAGGCACUGGCGGCGGCGGCGGCGGUGGAAACAAUUCUCCCGCUGAUGGUAUCAGAGUGGGUGAUUCUAUGCCCCCACCAUUAGAUUUAAGUCGUAAACGAGAUCUUCUUUACAUGUAAAUCUUUAAAUCAUCAUCAUCAUCAUCUUCAUAUUUGAUCAUCAGCUGAAAAGGAUUUCCAUUGAAAUGGAUUUUGAAAAUCUAUUCAAUUGGCGGCGAAAAAGAUAAAUUAUAUAAGAUAUAAAAAGAAAUUAAAGAAAAUGAAAUCUCAUUAAUCCUUCUAAUUAAAUCCUUAAAUAUCAUCAUCAUCAUCAUCAUCAUCUCCUUAAAUCAUAAACAAUUAACACAAUUAAAAAAAAACUAUGCUCACUCAUAAUGUACAAACCAAACAAAAAAUCCCAAAACAAAUCAUCAUAACAAUUUAAAAUCAAAUAAACACAAAAAAAUAUUAAUAAAUCAACAGGUAUCAACUAAAAU